AUGGCCCAGCGUAUAUCUCGUCUUCAAGUUGACGAUAUUGGACCGGGAACAAAUCAUCGUCAGUGGAGCCCAGAGGGAGACAUAGCAGUGCAAACAAUGUCAAAAUCUUCAACAGUAUCGUCUAAUAAUUCUGCAUUACCAAAUAGCAUCAAACCAGAUGGUGACUGUUCUCGUCCAACAAGUAGCUAUGAUCGAUUGGGCCAAAAUGAUUCAAAAAAUGCAUCCAUGCAUCGCGACCAUCAGCCAUUCAGCAGCAGCGAAGAGCGAUAUAAACGUGGCGUCCGGUAUAUUAGUGAUGAUCUUAUUCGUAAAUUGAGUAAACAAAAUAAUUUAAUCCGAAUAAAAACACUUGAUUUUAGUCAAUUACGUGAUAAAAAAAUACGUUAUAUCGAAAAUUUACAAGCACUUGUUAAUUUAGAACAAUUAAAUUUAAACAACAAUCUCAUCGAAAAGUUAGAUGGUCUAAAAACAUUGAAAAAUUUAAAAGAAUUUUAUAUUGGUCAUAAUUCCAUUAAAACACUAACCAACUUGGAAGAAUUAUCAAAAUUAGAAGUGUUAGACAUUCAACAUAAUCAAAUAAGUGAAAUUCCUUCAUGGUUUGCAAAAAAGUUAACAUCAUUGAAGUCGCUUGAUCUUUCUCAUAAUCAUAUCGAAUCAUUUGAUCCAAUAGCAAGGUUACGAACGUUGUAUGAAUUGAAAGAAUUGAAUUUACAAGGAAACGAAAUUCAACAACAUGAACACUAUCGUCUACUUGUCAUCUCUUAUUUACCAACAUUAAAUAUUUUAGAUAAAAUCGAUGUCACUGAUGAAGAACGUCAACAAGCAACAGAACAAUUUAUUCAGCAGGAAGUUCAAAAUUUAUUACAUCUUCUCGAACGACGUGAUAGUGAAUAUCGACGUUUGAAUACACAAGCAUCGAGUAGCGAACAAAAACUAGAAAAAACAAGUGAUAAAUUAAAACUAUUAGAACAAGUUCGCGUAACUCAAACAAAUGAAAUUAAGCUUUUACGAGAAAAAUUGAAGUUAAGUGAUGAACAACUAGAACGUAAAGCCUCACUAUUAUAUCAAGCAUGCGAAAAACAAACAGAAUUAGAGCAAGAAUUAGCAUUAUAUAAAAUUGAUUUAAAAUUUGAUACCAUAGAUUUUUCUCAACAUUUAAAUAAGAAUACAGUGAAAAAUGUGAGUAAAGAUUUGACAAAAGAUAGUCCAUAUAUUGGAAAAUCAAAAAUUAAAUUGAAUAGUUAUGCAUCAGAAGAAGAAAUGAUGAAUCAACAACAAACAAUCAGCUUCGGUCAUGUUCAAGAUCAAUCCAUAAUUCAAAUACACGCCAAAGAUUUGAACAAAAUAAUUGGAUGUCAAGAUGCAACGCUGUUCAAUUCAAACGAUAGUCAAGUACACAAUGAAAAAUUAUUAGAAUUAGCUAUUAAAGUUAGUGAAUUAUCAUUUUUACGUGCUAAACAUGAAAUAUGUGAAAAUCGUCUGGAAAUGGCUCGUCAAAAUGAUAAUCUUGAUGUGUGUGACGAGAUCAUUAAAAGAUCAUCGGAUGAUUUAAAUUUCUUACAAAAUCAAAUUAUGGAUAAAGUUAGUCAUGUUCAAGAUUUAAAAAUCGAUUUGGGUACUAUGCGUCGUGAUCAAGGUGAUGGAAUUGGUAAAGAAUUGGAACGUAUUACAAAAGAAUUAAAACUAAACAAUGUUGUACAAGAACAUAUUGAACGACUGAAAAAAGCUGAUUUAUACGGUAGAAAUUACGAGCGAACAAUCGAAAAUAGUCCUUCAUUUGAACAAGCGUUAAAUGAUGCUAUAGCAUCAUCAGGUACAUCCGUACACGAUCAUGAUGAAUUAUCAAAUCGUUUAGCUUUACUUCAACAUGCUUUAGAAGCAAAUAUUGUCGAACAAAAACAAUUAUUAAAAUCAAAAUUAUUAACUGAGGAACAUGCGCGUUUAAAAAUUGAAGAAUUAGAAGCUCAAUUACAACGUGAACAAUUAUAUUCACAAGAAAAAUUAGAUAAAUUAGAACAACAAUUAAACGAUACCUCAACAAUGGCUGAAAAAGAAAAGCAAGGUAUAUUUAAACAAUUAGAAGAUGAAAAACGUUUAACACAUGAUAUUAUUGACAAAUCAGAAACAAUGAUCACACAAUUAAAACGUGAACUAUCACAAGAAAAACUAAUAGUAAAUGAACAUCAAAGGUCAAAUGAAGCACUGAGAGAAAUGAAUAAAAAAAUAAAUCUUCAAAAAUUAAAACAACAAAGAAUUGAAAAUGGUAGUGAUACGACUAUUCGUCAAAGAUCUCACAAUAGCGACAGUAUAAGUUUGGAGAAUUCCACUCGUAAAACAAAAUCGCCACCACCACCAUUUUCGUCUUCGACACCUCGAAAUAUGAAAGAUAAUAAUGGACAGCGACAGCUACAAGCGACCGCUAUUCAUCGCUUAUCUCAUUCAAAUGAUACUACUACCACCACGGAAUUUCAGCAAGAAUUGAGUCAAUUGAUAGAGAAAAAGAAUGAUUCAGUAGUAAGUGAAAACUCACUCACAUUGCCAUCAGCACGCUUAAAACGUGAUAACCAAGAUGAUGGUAGUAAAGAACAAAAUAAACAACAAAAACAGCAAAAAACUCAAAUUCAGUCACAUCAGUUUGACAUGCAACGCUGCUCUAACACAGAUACGAUUCAAGAAGAUGAAAACAAUUUAUUAUGCCGUCUACAUGGUUAUUACAAAACUGGUCAAGCCUAUUUAUCUGAGUUGUCUGGUGAUAAUGACACCACACCAAAUAUCGACGGCACAAAUUAUUUACUACAGUCGCUAAAAACAGCAAAUGAUUCGGGUUAUUCGAGUCAACCAACACCACGUUGUGUUGAUCCGCUUCUAUCAACUCAACCUUUUUCAAUUCAAAAUUGUUUGCAAAAAUUGAUUAGCAAUGAAAAUGAUAGGAUUCAGUUUAAUCAUGCUUACACUGUGGGAAUGGUAAGAGCUGAUCAUCAUUAUCAAAAUGCUCAGAACUUUCAACAACGACAUACCCAAUAUCUAACAUCAGUAAACAUUCCACCUGACGCUUUAUCAUCAAAUCGAAUUCAACGAUCAGAUAAUCCGAUACAAAUUCAAGGUCCAGUUAUACUUCGCACCAAUGUCAACAAUAUAUCACCCGUCUCUGUUAAACUACGUAGUUUAAAAUAUCCACAACCGGAAAAGAGCACAAUGACCGAUACUGAUUCGAUUCGUCGUGAAAUUGAUCGUGCCACUGAUGAAAUUGAUUAUUUACGUACUACCUUACAUGUAAAAGAAGAUGAAUUACAUAAAGAUUCAAAAUAUUUAAAAUUAGCUGAUUUAGCUUUAACUAAACAAGAUGAUGAAAUACAUUUAUUAAACCGUACAUUAGAACAACAAAAAGUGGAAAUAGAACGUUUAAAAGAUGUAGUACAAGAUUUGUUAAGUAAUGGAUCGGAGAAUGAACAAAAUGUUCUAUUAAAUGUUAGUGAACAAUUACAACGCGUACAAAAAAAUAUACAUGAACAAUUAAGUCCAGCAUUAAUUCGAAUUGUUGAUAACAGAAUACCAUAUGUACAACAACAAGAAGAUUUAAGCGGACAUCAGUUGAAUGGCGGUCAAUUAAUUCCAAUUGAUAUUACAGAGUGGUUGUGUAACAUACCGAGGCAUGCUGAAUUAGAACAAAUUAUUGAAGAUUUACAAAUAAAACUAGAUGAUUAUAGUGAACAAUUAAAUGAAAUGAAAAAAGAUAAUCGACGUUUAGAGAAAAAAGUAAUUAGUCAAGAUAAGAUAAUAAAACGAUCGAAUAAAAUCGAAGCAUUAGAUUUAGCUAAUCAACAAUACCGACGAUCAAAAUCAGCACAUAUGUCGGAUAUAGAAACAUUACAGGUAUUACGCGACUUGAAAAAUGCCAAACAUCGUCAUACAAUAGCCAUACGUGAAACAAAAAUACUAGAUCAAAAAGCGGAAUCACUGACGAGAAAACUUGUUAAAUUAACUGGUGAUAUUAAACAGAUGGAGGAAUAUUAUGAAAAAAUGAAAAGUGAUAUUCAGACUACGGGACAGAAGCAAAUUACGUUAGAUAAGAGUGUUGAUGAAAAGAAAUCAUUAUCAAUUGUUCUCGACGAACAAAUUCGUGAUUGUUAUAAUUCAUUCAAUUCUUUCAUACGUACAUCGAUUCAAUCUUUGACGGAAUUCUCCAUGGAUACUGAUGAUAACAGCAAUAAUAGUAGCAGUUUCAUCAACAAUUAUCAUUCACAACAGUAUCCAAAUAUAGCAGUGAUGUCACGUGACGAUAUUCAACGUUAUAUCAACCAUGCAAUAACCGAAAAUAAUAAAAUAAUGUUAAAAUACCAAAAUAUGUUACAGCAGCAAAAACAAAAAGCACAACAGUUAAAAUCAGAUAUUAAAGAGAAAGAAGAACAACUACAACAACUGAACAAUAAUUUAGGUAACUGCGCAUCAAUGACUUACAUAGAACCCUCCGAUCUUGUGAGUUUAGAUUCAACAGUCGAACAUUUAAGAAAGCAUGCUCAAGAAUUAUUAGAAGAUAAACAAAUAUUAGAAGAAUUAGGAAAAGUAAAAGAAUUAAAAUUAGAUAAAUUAAAUGAAUAUGAACGUGUAUACGAUCGAAAAGUGGCACAAGAUAAACAAUUACAACAAGAAAUGGAAAAUUUGACAACGGAUAUACAAAAAUUAAAACGACAACAAAAAGAUGCACUAUUAGAUUAUGAUGGUUUAAGGCAUAAUAUCGAAGCUGAUCAGAAAGUUUUAAGCGACAUGAGACUGGAAGCACAACGUUUAAAAGAACAAAUAAAAGUAUUCUUAGAUGAUAAAGAAACACUCGAUGAAACAUGUGAUCUACUUGCUAAAAAAUGUGAAGCAUUGCAUAAUGAAUGUAAAGAGAAAGAGAAAGAAAUGACCGAUUUGAAUCGGAAUAUCGAAGACAAACUGCACAUGGCCAAAAGUUUGGAAGAUGACAUAAACAAGUUUAAACAAGAUAAAAAAACGAUUUUACAAGAAGUUACGGAAAUGAAAGAAAAAGUUGAAAAGAGAAAAGCGGAUAUUGCUGCUGAACAAAUUAGUUUAGCUCGAUCACGAUCAGCAGAUUUUGAAUCAGAAAAUGAAGGAAUAAAACAACGAAUUAAAGCCGGUAAAGAAGAACUAAUACGAUUAAAUAUUGAUGUCGAUGAUAGAAAUCGAACAUUGAAUGAAUUGAAUACGAUGAUUAUGUUUGCCAAAAACAUCAUGAAGAAUAUUGAACCAACUGAAAAUAAACUAAAUUAUCAACCAUUUGACAACCAAAUAUCAAAUAAUUACAAUGUAAACUAUAAAUCACCACUUCAUUCCAUUGAACAUCAAGAUACAGAAUUUAUCCAGUCAAUUAAUUAUGAUAAUAAAAUACAACGAUUGAAUAAAAUAAUUGAUGAAAAAGAUGAUGAAAUUCGAAAUUUAAAUAUGAAAUUAAUGAAAACAAAAGAUGAGUUAUUUCAAUUAGAAAAUAAACAAAGAACUCAAGAAACAAAUUUUGAUACAAUAAAAUCAUCAAUGCAAAUUGAAAUGGAUAAAUUAAAACAUUGGUUAGAAAUCUAUGAAAAUCGAAAAUUAGCCAUAAAACCACAUUAUAAAGAAGCAAUUAAUGAAUUAGAAUUAAAAUUACAUGAACAAGAAAUGUUUUAUCGUAAACAAAUUAAAGAUAUUGAUUCAGAAAUAAAACGAAAAAAUUAUCGUCCUUAUCGUACUCCAGAUGAUUCUGGAUUUUUUAGCGAUACAACACUAUCAGGAGACUAUCAUUAUUUAAAAUCAUCGACAUCGCCAACAGUCGAUUAUUUUAAUUCAAACGAUCAUUUACGUGAUCAAAUACAAACAAUAUUUCGUCAACAUGUCGAUGAAUUAGAUAAAUGUAAUUCAAAAUAUAAAACAAAUUUAUCGAAUCUCAAAAAUCGUUUACAUGAACUAGAAAAUACUACCACUGAGCCCAUCCUAGCCUACUGUCUUAACAGUAAACUUCAUUUUCAACUGAAAAGUAGUGGAACCUAUACAGGAGUGAUAGGUGUCGCUGUUGGUACUGAUUAA